UCUCGCUCGUUCUCUUUUCUGCUGCUUCUCUUGAGGUUUCUUCUCGAUUGAGAGGAAUCAAAAUGAAGCUCAAUAUAUCCUAUCCCAACACUGGUUGCCAGAAGUUGAUCGAAAUCGAAGAUGAACGCAAAGUACGAAGCUUCUAUGAGAAGCGUAUGGCUAUGGAAGUAGCUGGGGAUUGUCUUGGCGAUGAGUGGAAGGGCUAUGUGUUUAGAAUCUCAGGUGGUAAUGACAAACAGGGAUUCCCCAUGAAACAGGGAGUGAUGACCAAYGGUCGUGUCAGACUUCUGUUGUCCAAAGGACAUAGCUGUUACAGACCGCGACGUACUGGUGAGCGAAAGCGCAAAUCAGUCCGUGGUUGUAUUGUUGACUCCCAACUCAGUGUACUUAGCUUGGUGAUUGUCAAGAAAGGCGAACAAGACAUUCCUGGACUAACCGACACMACUGUCCCACGCCGUCUUGGACCCAAGAGAGCUGGACGCAUCAGGAAAAUGUUCAACUUGAGCAAGGAAGAUGAUGUCCGACAGUAUGUYAUCAGGCGACCACUUCCUGAAGUUGAGGGCAAGAAACCCAGAAGCAAGGCCCCUAAGAUCCAACGCCUUGUCACACCAGUUGUCUUACAGCGUAAGCGCAAGCGCAUGGCUCUCAAAAGGCAAAGGGCCCAGAAGGCUAAGCAAGAGGCUGCUGAUUAUGCCAAAUUGCUUGCCAAACGUGCCAAAGAAGCCAAGGAUAAGCGACAUGACACCCUAAUGAAGAAGCGUAGAGCAUCUAGCUUGAGAGAUUCUGUCAGUGCAAAAUAAAUGUAAUAAAUUGAGCUUCACAUUGAAA